AUUAUAUUAAUAAUAUACAACGAAAUACAAGAACGAAUAAUCUGCGAAAGAUCGAACGGAAACCGGUGCCUUCGCCCAAAACACAAGAUUGGUUUUUUGAAAAUGAACAUGGCCAAUGGACUCUUUAUCAGUCAUUAAUUCAAGAUCGCAUCGAGCAAGCUUAUCAAUCGUAUACCACAAUGGCAGGUUCGUCAACAAUCGAUAUUCAAUUUCCGGGUCGACCAGAAAUCUAUGAAGUCAAUUUUCGUAAUGGAACACAAACGAACAAAACGACAGCGGCUAUCAAAAAAAUUAAACGCCAGUAA